GCUCAACGUGCCGCUCCCGGCAGACUGGCUGCGCGACCACGAGGAGGCCACCUGGGCCGCCCUGUCAGAGGCCGGCCAGACUGGCGUGCUGGACGCCCCCGCCGCCGCCGAGCUGGCGGCCGUCAUGGCCUCGCUGCUCGACGCGCACGGCGCGGCGCCGGCGCGGGAGUGGCGCGCGCUCGCGGCGGCGCUCGCGGCGGACAGCAGCGGCGCGCGGGGAGGGGGCGGCUGA